AUGAAGACCACCCUCUCGUUUGCCCUUCUCGGGCUUGUCCUCUGCGCAUGUGCGGCGCAAGCGGCCACGGGCUCCUACACGCUGUCCUCGGACUCGCCGCCCCAGAUAACCCUUGACCUCGCCUCCGAGCCUGGCGCCAGGGUCUUCAACGCAACGGAAAUGCAGCCUACUGACGGCUUCGGCACGCCCACCAAGCUCGCGAUCGACGUCGGCGACUUCAGCAUAGAUUUCUACGGCGAGAAGAUUACCAAUUUCACCCUCAGCUUUGCGGGCUUCAUCGCCUUUGGCGAAAUCUACGGCAACGAGACCAAGGACCCGUCCUUCCCACUCGCCGACUGCCCCUUCCCCAGCCGCCCGAGCAAGCUGGCGGACUUCGCCUUCUACCAGGGCUUGGCGUUCGCCUGGUCCCAGUACGAUUGGUCCGAAGGGGGGAACGUCGCCUACAAGGUCUACCCCGCCGGCUCGUGUCCCUACACGGCGAAGGCGGCACAGGCGUGCCUCGUCGUGCAGGCCACCGUCCUCCCCUACUAUGGCCUCUCUGCGGAGAAAGGCCUGGGCAACGCCACCGCCUUCAUCUUCUCCUCGGGCGACUUCCUCGUCCAGGUGGAUAGUUCCUCCACCGGCAACUGGGGCAACCAGCGGUCCGACUCCGUUGGCGUCAUCUUCGGCAUCCAAGACGUUCUGAAGGGCCAGGGCGUUACCUACCCCGGCGAGCAGUACUGCAACGCCACCGCUACGGCCGGCUGGGAAUCGGUCACCAACGCCACCACCCUCUACCCCGGCCAAACGUUCGGCUUCUACAUCACCGCCCCGUGCCCCUCCGGCCAAGUCAUCCGCCCCAACGGCCUCGGCUGCUACAAGGCCCCGACAUCCAGCGCCGCCAAGAGCACGGCUGCCUGGAUCGACUCCAUCGUCGACCUCUUCCUAUAG